CCCCCCCCGCCCGCCUAACGGGGGCUUCUUCUGUCGCCGCUGCCCUCUCCCCACGGUCGGGAGAGGGAAGAAUGGCCUGGGAAUGGGGGGAGGGGUUGCGCGUGCAGCCUGUUCUCCGCGUGGACUUCGCCCUCCGAGAGGCCCGGGGGAGCUAGCAGACCCCUCCCCCUCCCCUUGCCACCUUUUCUUCCCAGACCCGGCAGCGCGCGCGAGAGGACGUGUGGAUCGCCUGGCCGGCCCCCUGCGUGUUCCGCCGGGCACCUUCGUGGCUCAUCGCUUUGCAGCAGCGGCGUAAGGAGUCAGGCGGAGGAGAGGCAGCCCCCUUGAGGACGCAGGAUCCAUGCCGUACCAGGCAGUGGUCCACCCUGAGCCCCCCGAUGGGGGCUGGGGGUGGAUGGUGGUGCUGGCAGCCUUCAUCCAGUCGGCCCUGGUCUUUGGGGUGAUCCGCUCCUUCGGGGUCUUCUUUGUGGAGUUCGUGGAAUACUUUGACGAGCUGUCCAGACGCAUCUCCUGGAUCACAUCCAUUGGAAUUGCUGUGCAGCAGUUUGUCAGUCCAGUGAGCAGCGCCCUGAGCACUCGCUAUGGGGCACGCCCUGUCGUCAUGGCUGGAGGUUUCUUCUCCAGUCUGGGGCUCUUCUUGGCAUCGUUUGCCACCAGCCUGGCUCACCUAUAUCUCUGCAUUGGGCUUCUCUCCGGUUUCGGCUGGGCCUUAGUCUUCACCCCGUCUAUGGCCUCCAUGGCUCGUUAUUUCAAGGCACGCCGGACACUGGCCACGGGCUUGGCGUUAACCGGCGUGGGUCUGUCUUCGUUUGCCUUCUCCCCGCUCUUCCAGUUCUUGGUGGACACAUAUGCAUGGCGUGGAGCCCUUAUGAUCGUGGCAGGCAUGUCCUCCAACCUGGUGGUUUGUGGUGCCCUCAUCCGUCCACUCACCCUGAAAGAGGACCUGGCUGGCCCCUCAAGAGGGGACUCGUCAGGGAUGUGCCUGAAGAAGUUCUCGUCCCUCUUCGGCCUGCAUCUGUUGUCCCACUGGCCUUUCAUGCGAUUUGUUCUUGCCAUCACCCUCAUCAACACAGGGUAUUUCAUCCCCUAUGUCCACUUGGUGGCCCGGGCAAGAGAACUAGGAUUUGAUGAGUACAAGGCCGCCUUUCUGAUGUCGGUAGCAGCCAUGGCUGACCUCUGUGGCCGCCUCUUCUCUGGUUGGCUGGGAAACUGCCGAACUUUCCAUCUGAUUCACAUCUUGGUGACUUGGACAUCUCUGACUGGCAUAUCCUUAGUGCUGAUUCCAUGGGGACACAGUUAUCCGCUUCUGGUGACCAUCAGCCUGUGCUAUGGUUUUUUCUCUGGAGCCCUCACUCCUGUGGUCUUCUCCAUCAUUCCUGAAAUCGUGGGCAUCAAAAACAUCUUCAGUGCUAUGGGCCUGCUGCAAAUGAUCGAGAGCAUUGGGGGACUGUUGGGGGCACCACUUUCAGGUUUCCUGAAGGACGUUACGGGUGACUACAUGGCCUCUUUCUUAACGGCCGGUUCCUUCAUCCUGGCUGGAAGCCUCGUUUUAGUUACUUUGCCCAACUUCUCCACAUGCUUGACUCGGCCCGCUCCGCAAGAACCAGACACUAGGAUGGAGGGUGGGGGAGACUCUCCCUUGAGAACAGCUCCUGUCCCUGUGGAGGCCCCCCUUCCCUAUGAGAGUCCCCCCUACGAGGCUAUACUCAAGGCAAAGAAGGCGCUUCCCAACAGUUGACACAAGGGUAGGAUCCAGAGGAGCCAAGAUAGAAGCCGAGACUGUGGGGGACAAGUAGCCGACUGCCCACGGAAGACAGAGCUGAUGACACUGUAGGGCCAGCCAGACCGAGGGCUCGUUUUCUGAGGGAAGGUGGGGAGGUGACACACAAAGGCUGACGGGGACCAAGAGGUAAUUGUCGGGCCUCUGUUGGGACGUUGCAGCCGCUGCUGUAGAGAACUCCCCCACCUGUUCCUUUUGUUCAUAGCCCCCCUUUACUCCGCUACCCAAAGGAGUUGGGGGCUGCAAGAAAGCGGCUGUAUGUCGGAGGCCGAAUCUAGCAUGAACUGUGUGCCCCAAAACUCCAGAUACCUGUUGUAAGCAAUGCUGGCCAUGAGUCAUCCCUCAACUUCUUACAUUCCCUCAGUCCCAGUCACAAGGGCCUCCUCCUUGCCCAAACCCUUCUGCUCUCUCAUAACCCCCCCCAUUUUCUCAGCCUUUGCCUUCCAUCAGCAUCACCCAGAGGAGCUCUCAGGCGCGUCCUCUCGUUCAUGUGGCAACCGUGCUGUCCUUGCACCAGUGUGCGAAGAUGGCCCUUCAAGCAGAGGCAGCUGUUUCAUCUGAGAGCCAUGUGCCCCCACUUGUGCCACCCUUAUGGCACUUCCCAGCCCUCUACACUCAAGCUUGUAGCCUGGGACAUCUCCCUUGGCCAGGCUGGGGCCUGUCCUGCUGGGCUACACCCCACAGGAGAGCAGAAUGCUGGUUUAGUGAGACCAUUCAGUUGCAGGGACCAGCAGGCGGAAAGACGCCUGUCAGCAAGUCAGCAAGACCCACUUUGGAGGCCAGCUCAGCAAAUCUUUAUAGUCACAUUCCAGUUUUUUACACAUGAAUCCCAGCAUGACUUCAGGUGAGCCACACUGGCGGGUCUCUGAAAGGUGGUCUUUGGAGAGGAGGCGUGAUAACCUGCCUUAUCUUGGAAUAAUAUUGCCUCCCAAUGGUGCUGGGCUUGGCAGCCCCCCCCCACUUGGCACCUAGACUUGCCGUUCUGCCAGCGAGAGGAGAAUUCCUCUUACUUCCUUGGGUCUGAGAGAGUAAGUCCUUGGCCUUCAGUCCACUUGUUGCAGGCGCCCUGGAGAAACGCCACUCUAAAGGUAUCGAUCUCCUCGGGCAAAGAUGGGCAAAUGUUUCAGUCUGAGGGCCACAUCUGGAUCCCUGCCUGCUUUCGAGGGCUCUGAUUUGGAUGCCUGCAAAAGUGUCUGGAGGUCCAGCUGUGCUCCUCUCCUGUUCUGCUGCUCUGAAUGGCUCUUUAGGUGUUCCACACUCCUUUGGUAGCAUUGGCUGGCUAGCCCGUGCUGCAGUCCGGAGGAUGGAAGCUCCCAAGAAAUUAAGCAGCCGGAAGGCUGGCUGAAAUACUCCCACCUGGGAGCCAGAUGUGGCCUCAUGGGCUGUAAGUGGUUCUGUGUUCUGGUCCAGAAGCUGUGCCUUCUUCCUUUCUAGCCUGGAGGGAUCCUCAUGAUCUUGCCUUUUCGGGUAAGAUCACUUUCUGCCUUAGAAGGGCUGCAGAAAUCAACAGGAGUUAAUCCGAGUGUGGGUCAAACCGGUCGUGUGAAUGCUCUGACAGGCCCAAUUUUAUGAUUGUGUGUGGCUUGAAAAAUCUUUGAACAGGGUUUUGCUGGUGUGGAUCCAUGGAGUUUUCAAAGGCUGGCUCAACGCAAGUUUUGCAGGAAAUAAAAUCAG